UCAUACAUAUGUAAUCCUAUCAGCAUGCGCAGUGUUGCGUAUUCGUGUUGUAAAUAUGUAAACAAUUGUUAGGUUUAUGAUCCAAAUAACAAAAUGUGAAAAGAGCGUAUACAUGUACUAACAAUGGAAAACGAUCGACUGGCGAUCGUUUAUGUUGCAAACGAAAAAAAGGAAUUAACUUUUUCAUAUAAAUAUGGUCAAACAAUUGAGGAUCUCUGUAUCAAGGUUUGUAAAAGUAUAGGCAUAGGACCAGUUGCCAGACAUCUAUUUGCACUUAGAAAUCACUAUACAAAACUUUGGUACCCAUUAGCACAUUGUAUAGAAUCAAAAGACAUACAUAAAUUUGACUUGAGACUUAGGUUUAAACCUUCAAGUUUGCGUAGAUUACAACAUAUAGAUACAAAUGCCUAUGACUAUUAUUUUCAACAAGCACGUUCAGAUGUUAUGGAUAAUAAAGUUCCAGAUAUUGUCUAUGACAGGCAUAAACAAGAACUAAUCGGUCUUGGUGUGUGUGAUAUGUACAGGGUAAUGUUAGAGAAAAAAGUAUCGAGAGAAACAGUGGAGUCAGAUUAUAGAAAAUAUAUUCCUAAAGAAUGCAUAAAACGUCAUGCAUUUUUUAUCAAAAAACCAAUUCAGAAUGCUCUUCGAAAGAUUUCUGGAUAUGAUGCAAAUUACGUCAAGGAACAGUAUCUUAAGCAAUUUGAAUGCAUGGCACCAAAUUAUCCAUAUGAAGAAUAUGAAGUGUUAAUGGAUAGAGGCCUUCAUUGACUAUAUUAUGUGCAAUUGAAGAUUUGUGUUUUGUUUCUAUAAGACAAGACAAUACAGUUGAAAUUUCAAGAAAAAAUGGUAUACCAUCAUAUCUGACAUUUGGAAAAAAUGCACACUUAAUGUCCUUCGUUUCUGCAUUGGAUGGUUAUUAUCGUUUAGCCGUGAAAUGGACAUUUAAUUUGUGUGGUGAAAUUGUUACCCCAACUUUAGAAAGGCUACAUAAACUCAAAUGUCAUGGUCCAGUUGGGCAAGAUUUCUCGUAUGUGAAACUUCAACAGAAACGUGCCAAUAAGCCUGGUUCUUACUUACUUAGAGAAAGUGAAACAGAAUAUAAUGUGUACUACUUGGAUGCAUGUAACAAGGAAGGAAAACUUUUUACAGAAAGAAUAGAAGAAAGAGUGUUAUUAGAUGAUUUUGUUAUUACUGGUAUUUCUGGUCAAUAUAAUUCAUUAGCACAAUGUGUUGCAUCGUUUAAAGAUUCUGAAGGGAGUUCAUAUCUUUCAGAAUGUUUACCACCAUCUGAAUAUGAUAAAUCAUCGCUACUGCUUUGUGCUUCUGAGAGUGCAGUGAGUGAAGUUGCAGCUGAUGAAGAAAUUGUAGCAUCAGUUUUAAAAACUGGACCACACUGUGUACCACGAAAUCAACUUGAACUUUAUAAACCUUUUUUAAGAGGUACAGAGACUCAACAUUAUUCACCAACAGCCCUAUAUAGAGGAAUUUGGAGAAUAACUAAAGGCCAAAAAUUAGAAGUUGCUUUAAAAAUUUUAAAACAAGAAGAAGAAGUCAAUUAUACAAAAGAAUUCCUGGAUCUUGCUGGAAAAUGGUGUCAAUUACGUUCUAGUGCGCUUGUAAGAUCAUAUGGACUAACUGUCACACCAUCAAUUGGAAUGAUUUUGGAAUUGGUACAACAAGGACCCCUUGAUGAAUAUCUGCGCAGUUCUUCUUCUCAAACUAUUAAAACUGUAGAUAUGGUAGAAGCAACAGCUUGUUUAGCAACGGCACUUUGGCACCUUGAAGAAAAUGGUGUAGUUCAUGGCAAUAUUAGGUGCAACAAGCUCCUAGUACAUGCACACACUAAUAACAGUUUUGUAGUUAAACUAGCUGACCCAGGAUUAUUUACAUAUACGGAAACAGAUGUUCAUUGGCUCCCUCCUGAAACUUAUAAUGAUCCAGAAUUAGCCAGACAUAGUUUCCAAGCUGAUGUUUGGGCUGUUGGAACAACAAUUUGGCAAAUUUUUACUAGAGGAGCUACAUUAUUAGAUUCCCAAAAUGCUGCUGCUAUGAAAAAGUACUACAGAUCCGGGAAACGUUUACUUAUGCCAAAUGGUUGUCCUACAGAAGUUUAUAGAUUAAUGCUUGACUGUUGGGGAGACUUAAGCGGUACUCGAAAACAACCACAAACAAUUAUGAGAGAUAUAAAUCAAAUUUUAUAUCAAGUUUACAAUUCUCGAAGGAGUCAUGCUUAUACAACAGCAUUUCCUAAACUAUUCAGCUCUGGAUCAAAAAGAUUUGAUGAGCAUAAUUCAGAUAAUAUCGAUAGCAAAUCAAUAUGUAGUGAAUCAAGGUCUAGUUUAUAUACAUACAAUACAAGCCUUCCCUGGAAUGAUACUGAUGACAGUAUGCAAUCUUUGAUGAAUACUAAUGAAAACUACAUAGAUAGUACCGAAGAUCUUUCUGCACAUCUAGAUUUGCUGUCUGGCGCUAGACGCGACUCGGAAGGCUGCUCAAUUUCUGAAAACAGAAUUCCUAAUAUAAAUCGCAUUGGGCACUCCACACAAGCUCUUCGAAUUGGACAUCAUAGCAACUUGGGUGAGGUAAUAGGAAGAAAUGAACCGGGAACAGAAGAUUGUGGUUCUAGAGGAAGCAGUAAUGGUUCUUCAGGUCAAUUGAGAGGCAUAUAUGAAUUAAAUAUAGACUGUAACGUAAUCUUACAAGGUAGAAUUGGUCAAGGUUUUUAUGGAGAAGUUUAUAGGGGCACUCUUGAAAGAGAUAACGGGAAGGAUAUAGAACCACAACAAGUAGCUAUUAAAAAAUUGAAAACUAGAGCACUCGAAGCUGAUAUACUAGAUUUUGAAAGAGAAAUUGCCAUAAUGAAGACCCUAAAACAUCCGAAUGUGGUAGAAAUUCUUGGAGUAAUAUCAGAACCAGAAGUCUGCUUAGUAAUGGAAUAUGUAAAGCAUGGUUCAUUACAAAGUUAUCUAGCAAUUCACAAACAAGAAUUGACAAAUAGGAGAUUGUUGAGUUUUGCUUUGGAUAUUGCAACAGGAAUGGAUUAUUUGGGCAGUAUGAGCAUUGUUCAUAGAGAUUUAGCUGCAAGAAAUAUUCUAGUUGCAGAUGAAAAUAGAGUCAAAAUUAGUGAUUUUGGACUGGCCCAAGUUACAGGAAAAAACGAUUAUUAUAUCUUGCAGACAGAUCGUGGACUUCCUAUUAAAUGGUAUGCUCCUGAAAGUAUUAGGGAUGGAAAGUUUUCUACUCGAUCAGAUGUCUGGUCAUUUGGCGUGACCAUGUAUGAAACAUUUGGCUUUGGCGAAGAACCCCGUUUACCCGGAGUCGAUUCAAGUACAGAGCGUCUUCAAAACGAGCAAGAGAAAGGAAGUACAGAAUUAUUAGCUGCAUUAGAAAGAGGCACACGUCUUCCUUGCCCAUCUACUUGUCCACAAGCUAUUUAUGUAAAAAUUAUGUACCCUUGUUGGCAUCUGCAAAGCCAUCAAAGGCCAGAUUUUGCAUCUCUUUGUAAAGAUAUUAGAGAUCUUCUUGAUGAAUACUAGCAAGUAAGUGUGAAUAGUAGUAAAAAUCGUGCUGAUUAGGUCAACGUGUCUAUGUAUCAACAAUUAUAUUAUUAUUGUUACUAUCGUACCAGUAAAAAAAGAAGUUAUAAGACAUCAGAAACAAUUGCAAAUAGUUGAAUAUUUGAUUAUAAACAAGAUCUUUAAUUAAAUUUCACUAAACUGUUAUACUUAACAAUAAUUUCAGUAGAUUGCAAAGCAAUUUUAGCUCCCUCUACUCUUAAAUAUAUUAAUUUAUUUUACUACAAUGUUUUACAAAAAAUAUUGUUUGUAUUAAAUUUUGAAAUAAACCUUUUUUACAAUGACAAACAUAUAAUGAAAACACAAUUAUGAUACUUGCUAGUGACCUACUUCUGUAACAGCAAUCGAAUAGUAAUAUUUUAAAUAAUGACAUAACUUCGUAUCUCUUACCGUUGCCGAAGACACGUGAAAAAUAUGAUUCAUAUGAGAUACACAGCUUUAAUGUCAAGAGAAAUUAGGAAAUUAAAUGUUAAUAUUGUGACCUAAUAUAGAGUGUAAGAAGUUAGUGAUGAUGAAAUAUUUUAAAUUGAGAACAAUUUUAAAUUACGUUUAUAUUAUAAACGCAUUUGAAAUAGAUAUGAUUUUUAUGACAGAAUAAAUAACAUAGACAGAGCACCAUUUGUCUAUUCAUGUAGCUGUAUAAUAAAAUGGACAGAUUUGAGAUUUAUUACAUUCAGAGUCUGUACAGUUAUUAUUAUUAUUAUUACAAGAUUAUUUAUAAGGAAAUUGGUUAUAUGAAUUUUGAACUGGAAAAAAACGAGAUGAUUUAUUAAUUAUGUGUUAAUAAUAUUCAUUAAUAGAAUACAGUGCUAUGUAAUAA